AUGUCCAACUCCAUCUCGUCCGCCUCGAAUCUUCUCACCCGCCUCUUCCAAGACCUCUCCGGCACCUGGCUCCUCAAGCGUAAGUUACAAAGCGCCGACCCAUCAGAACCAUCAGGGACAUGCUCAGGCACAGCAACAUUCACAAAGACGCCUUCUCCUUCACCCGUGCUCGAUGCAGACGGAAAACUCAACAUCCCCGAUGCAGAACUCUUGUAUCAUGAGCAGGGUAACUUUGAGAUGAUGAAGGCUGUCGGCAACAACUUGGCCAGCGUUCCCACCUUCACCUUCUCCAGGAAAUACAUUUGGCGUCUGUCGAGAGCCGAAAACGUCCACACAAUCAGCAUAUGGUUUACCAAGCCCGGAACUGAGGCCAUUGACUACCUCUUUCACAAGAUAGACCUGCCGUUCGACGAAAAUCAAGCUUCACAGUCAGAGCCGAGACUGGUCCUUAACGGUACAGGAGGCCACCUCUGCGUGGAAGACUUUUACAACAGUUCUUACUCAUUCACACUCAAGCGUCCUGACACAGAUUCGCCCUUUUCUCUCUUCUCCUGGACCACCCUGCAUGAAGUUCGUGGUCCAAAGAAAGAUCAACACAUCGAGACGACUUUUGUCAGGCCAUGA